AUGGGCGACUCCUCUGAUUCGGAGCCGACCCGUUUGUUGGGGGUGUUCGGUGGAGGUUCCGAUCGAUCACCCGGAGGUGCACCCUCCGUGGACCUCGGCGACAACGGGAAUGGCCAAGUUCGACGCAGCUCGCGUCUGGCCCAGAGAUCGGCUACCAUCACUGAUUGGCCAGUCCAUCGUAUCCUCGACUCCCUGUACGACCGGGGUGUGUCUCCUCCCAGGGGAUGUAAUCACGAGGAACUGUUCGAUUUUUUCAUAGAGUGCGGCGGUAUCGCUCCUCCCGCUCCCCCAAGUGCUCCGGCAGGAAAAGGCAAGGGGAAACGGGGCACCUCUUCCCAACCGGCAUCCGGGAAAAGGGCUCGAGUCCGGGGGAGGAGCCCGGCCCCGGUGGCGUCCACCUCUAGUUCGGACCCGGUGCUGGCGGCCCUGUUGGACAUCAAAGUUUCUCUGGCUGACAUGGAAGCUCGUGUCGUCGCGUUGGAGGGCAGGUCGGCGACGGCGUUGGCUCCGCAGUUUCCUGGGUCCGGAAGCACUCCUGCGGCCUUGGACUUCGCAGCAAGUCCUAGGUGGACUCUGGCUUCCGCCCUACCAGCGGCCGCUUCUGGGGCGCCGUUCCUGUCUCCCGCGGCCGGCAUUUCCGCCCAUCUGAGGAGCCAAAUUCUAGCAGGUACCGACGUCAAUCUGGUUAAGAUACUGCUAUGCUCUGCGGAUCCGGUGGACAGGCGGGUAGUCGAGUGCGGGGAAGUGUCUGUGCUCUUCAAGGGGUGUGAUCCCAGGAUGUCCAAAAACCUGACUCUGCCCGAGUUCUACGUGGCUUUCGGCGUAUACCGCGACACGCUCUGCGAGGUUUACCCUGAGCGCCGCGUGGAGUUCGAUAACUACCUGGCAUUGAUUUCGGAUUUAGCAAUGCGCUAUGGCGGCACUCUCUUCUAUGAGUACCACAAAUGCUUUUCUGCCAAAGCGGCCUUAUACAUCACAAAGUUCAACGUCCGUGUGGAUUGGUCGGUGCUCGACCUCGAUCUGGUCAGCAGGGUGUUCACCGGGCAUGUGCCGAUGUGUUGUUCCGUGUGCGGUUCGUUGGCCCACACGGUGAAUCUGUGCCCGAGGACUGCAUUUGCACCGCCGAUCAAAGCAGAGGGGUCGGCCUGCGGUGCAUCCACCUCGGGCGGUCAAGCCGGUUGGAGGAAGUUAUUGCGGGGAUGCUCAUCCCCGAUCUGUGUGCCCUCGUCGGGCCCGCCCUGCUCCGAAGGGGAAAUAAUUAAACAUCCGUCAACCCCAGUCAACGUAUCAAGACUUUCUGCCGCGUUGGGGAGUCAUCCCAAUCGCUGUUUUGUGUCAUAUUUACUCGAUGGUUUGGUGCACGGGUUUCUUGCUGGUCUUUGUUAUCUGCCUGACGUGAGUCAUGAGUGCCCCAAUUUACAAACGGCGAUCAAAGAGCCGGCGGUCGUCGAAAAGCUCCUCGAGAAGGAAGUGGCUAAAGGGUUUAUGAUCGGACCUUUCCUCGCGCCCCCUUUUGCCCCGUACCGAGUAAGCCCCAUAGGCGUCGCAACGCGCAAGUAUUCUGGCAAGAAACGCCUCAUCAUUGACCUGUCUGCCCCUCACGAUGGCGUUGUGCCCAGCAUUAACAGUUUGAUUCCCCGGGAGCCGUUUUCGCUGUACUACGCAAGCGUCGAUAAUGCCAUCAGCAUGAUAAAAACCGCUGGCAGGGGCGCGUGGCUAGGGAAAGCCGACAUCACCGACGCGUUUAAGGUCAUGCCUCUUCACCCCUCUCAGUGGCAUUUAUUCGGCGUUAGGUGGGGCAGCAAGCUGUACUUCUCUGUCAGGUUGGCGUUCGGCUGCCGCAGCAGCCCACGUAUUUUUGACUCGCUGUCGGAGGCGCUGUGCUGGAUCCUGGUGAAUGUCCACAGGCUGCCGUUCGUUUUGCACCUUCUGGACGAUUUUUUGGUGGUGGAUUUUCCGUCGUCUCCACCCGCCCGCUGUAUCUCGGUGUUGAGGGACACGUUUGGAGACCUGGGUGUUCCGCUGUCCGCGGAGAAAACCGUAGGCCCGUUUACCUCCUUGGAAUUCCUCGGUAUCAACCUAGAUAGCGUUUCCAUGCAGGCGUCGUUACCCGCGGAAAAACUGGAGCGCGUUCGAAGCGUCCUGAAGGCCGCUUCGGGCGCUGCUUGGAUGGCUAAACGUGAACUGCUUUCGUUGCUGGGCCAUCUAAAUUUUGCAAUGCGCAUCAUACCCCAGGGCCGCGCGUUCGUGUCCCGUCUGUUGGACUUGGCUAAAAGCGUGCCUCAUCUCCAAGACUGCGUGGUGUUGGACGACGGGUGCCGAUCGGAUUUGCGUUUUUGGAGCGUGCUGUGCGAGCAUUGGAACGGUAUCAGUUUUUUCUAUCACGAUUCCGUGGAGUCGUCCGUCGCUCUCGAUUUUUACACCGACGCAGCUCCCUCUGUUGGGUUCGGGGGGUUUCACGGUAACGAGUGGUUCUCCGGAGCAUGGCCCGCGGAGAUAGUCUCUCUGGCUCCGGAGAAUUACUCCACGGCUCUACACGAAUUGUAUCCAAUUGUGAUUGCUUGUCUGUUGUGGGGGCAUUUAUGGUGUAGGAAGAAAAUAACCGUGUUUUGUGACAACGAAGCUACAGUGUACAUCAUCAACAAAGGGAGGUCUUCGGUGCCUUUCAUUAAUCGCUUAGUCAGACGGCUAACGUGGACAAGCGUGCUUGGUAAUUUCAUAUUGCGAGCCACAUUCAUUCCAGGCCUGGAGAACAGAAGCGCUGACGCUCUGUCUCGUUUCAAUUUUCAGGAGUUCCGAAUGCUGCGCCCUCAAGCGUUACCGGACGGGUUGGCGUGUCCGCCAUUCCCCCUGACGGUGCUAGAUUAG